AUGGGACCCUCGGAUAUCAGCAACUUGGUCCGCCUAGUUGCUGGCAAGAAAGUGAACGACGGUGCUCUGUGGGCGGCAAUCACACGACGGGUUCACUUUCUUAAGCCGGUCCUGUCUCCGAAGGCCAUCGCCCUCAUUUCCAAUGGCUUCGCCCGCGCACAGAGACGCGACUUUGAACUUUUCAUCAGCCUGGCGGAACAAAGCGCCCAGCGUCUCCAGCAUUUCGAGGGCCACGACACCGCCUUGUUCUUGAAUGCUCUCGCGCGGCUGGAGCUUCAGUACCCUCGGCUUAUGGAACUGUUCGCAAACCAUCUCUUGGAGAAAGAUUCGCAACUCGUAUAUGAGGAACAACACCUCGCCCUGAUCGUGAACGCCUAUGCAAAGUUAUGCCCUCCGGGAAGCUUUCCGGCACUUUUUGCAGCUCUGGGGCGGCGCAUUCAGCGACAGGCGGCGGAGUUCACACCCCAAGGCCUCGCCAACGUCAUCAAUGGGUACUACCGCCUCGGUCAUAGAGAUGACGCGCUCAUGGCAGCUCUGGCGCCUGAAGUGCUUCGACAAGCAGGCCGCUUGGAAGCGCAGCAUGUUGCAAAUAUCCUCCAGGGUUACGCGUGGCACAGGACGCUCAUCGCUCCUGCCUCAUCCGUGGCCAAGGCGCGGCCCAGCCGACACGACGAGGUCCUCAGCGGUCUCGCAAACCUCCUUCCUCGUCUACAGCAGCGUCUGGGGCCUGUCGAGGCGGCUGCAUGCGCCAGCGCCUUCGCCACCGCUGCUCUGGAGGAGCGGGCAGCGGUGAAGGCGAUCAGCGACGUCGUCGCAGAUUUGCACGACGCCUUCCGCCCAGACCAGUUGGCCCUGACGCUUUACUCGCUCAGCAAAGUGAAGCACGUGCCUCCAGGCAAGUUGCGCAUCGGACGCUUGACGCCAGCAAUUUCGCGCCGCCUCGGCCAAUUCGACGAGCAGUCCCUCGUGAUGCUUCUCCAUGCCUGCAGUCGGGCGCGCCUGCCAGGUCGGGCGUUAUUUGAGUCGCUGAGCGAGCGGUUGGAGCCUGGAAUCGCGAAGCUGUUGCCGCCGCAGGCUGUGGUCAUGACGCUGUAUGCCUUGGCCUCAGUCGGCCUGCGAUCGUCGUUAACCGAAGCGCUUUUGGACCGUCUAGCGCUGAGGAGCGACGCUCAGGCGUCCACGCACGCGCUCGCCGUGCGAGCAGGCGGAACGCCGCUGGCGUCUCAGAGAGCGGGGAACGCGGUCGCGUGCGCGCAGCUUCCAGCUUCAGACCACGACGGAGGUUCGGGCGAAUCGGUCCCGAGCUGCUUGGCUUACAGUCUCACGAGCCCCGGGGCUUCGUCCUCGCCUGCUGUCUCUCCCGGCGGCGACUCGGGAGUCCCCUCAGAGGUUGCCGCGCCUUCUCGCGCAACGCCCGGAACUGUGUGUGGCGUGUCUGCCUGCCGACCGUCGGCGCCACUGCAGCUCGAGAAGCGCGAAACGAGCUUUCCUCACCAGCCCGCAGGUUCCGAGGAACCCUUCCCUAUUGCAUAUGCAGGGAGUGUUAUGAUGUCCAUCCUCAAACUUGAUGCUGGCGACCGCGUAGACCUUCUCCGAAUUGUCAGCGACGCGGUUUGCCGAGCAACUGUCGGCUCGCUGAACCCGCAACAACUUGCAAACAUCGCUCACUGCUGGGCGCACUUGGCGUCCUCGCCCUCGGUUCGAGAAGGCGCCGUCGCUUCAGGCAGUGACGACACGCGCAGGAGGUUCCUACCUCCGCCUGUCGCUCUCGACGUUGUGGUUGCCCACGCACUUUCGCAGUUGGACCAGUUCUCGCCUCAGCUGCUCGGGAGUCUGUGCCUGUCGCUCUCCGCGCUCUGCCGCCACGUGCCCGCUGCCAAGGCCUCGACGGAAAAGUGGUUUGCUGCUGUCCACCAGGCGAGACUCCCUCUCGCGCUUGACAGAUGUUCUCCGCACGUCGUCACCACCUUCUUCGCAGCCUCCGCAACGCUGAAAAGACCGCCGCCUCCGGAAACACUGCGGCUGCUGGUCGGCAAAAUCACCCUCGCUUUGCACAAACUCAACGCCGCGACUUUUCUUCAACUCCUGGUGUCUACGACAGAGCUGCUCGAUGGGGUCGUCUCGCAAGACCUCCGAUCUCGACAAGACGGCGUUUUGGCUUCGUGCCCGAUUCUGAAGAUUCAAGAGUCGCUUCUGACCGACCUUCUGAUCGCGCUCCAGGAGCAGCUGCUGAGCCGCGUCUCCUGCGUGGAUACGCCGACUCUCUUUGCGAGCGCGCAAAUCAUUGCGGGGGUUCCUACGCUCACGCUGAGACACUUCGCCAAGCGGUGCGGCAGUGCAGGCGAGCUGUACACGAGUCGGGGGGGUUUGACGCCUGCGCAGCCUGCGGCGUUAGGUGGCCCGAGAGUGUCUGGUGCGACCGAAAACGCCUGCUCGUCCGCCUCGUUUCUCUCCCUUCGUCUGUUCCAGCCCUUCGACCUGCUCACGCCUCAGUCGCGCCUCUUCCUGCGAACGCAUGCAGCCCGCCUGCCGGCUCCGUGCGAAAACGCCGAAACCUUGCUGGAGCACUGGCGACAGAACCUGCGCCAUGCGCCUGGCACCGGAGCAGCGCUCGCUGCCUUCGAGGGCGACGGGCUGUGCACUUCUUUCGGCGGUCGCCUCGAUGGCGCGCAGGCGGACUCUGUGGCGGCGGGAGACGCAGCGUCCGGAGUCGGGAGCGCGGCACCUUCCAGUCAAACGAAAUGGGCUUUAUCUCUCUCCGCUGGCGGAAAGGAAGAGCGAGAACCAAGAGGCGAGAACGACCUCGCGCGCAAGACCGCGGAGGAGCCUUCGUCGCUGAGAGCUGGCGAAACCUCCGAGCUGGGGACUCGAGGGACAGGAGGCCCCCCGACAUCGCCAGGACCGGCGGACUCCCCGCGGCGGGAGCACCCUUCCACUGCUCUCGCGGGCCUGGGCAACGCGGCGGAUUUCCUCGUUGAGGAACAGAAAAGGUGGCAAGUCGUGGAAGGAGAGAAGGAGAACGCCGAAACACGGACUGACAGCGAGGACGCACCCUGUAUCUCGCCGAGGGAUGUUCUCGGACGGCUCCUGAGGUACUCCACGACAAAAAAGCGACUGGUGGAUCGUGGAGCCGGAGAGACCGAAACGCCCGACCGGCCGCCCGUCGCUGGUUCACCCAGCACCGGAGCGCCUGGGGUGGCGGGCACCGAAGCCGCGAUCGGAUUCGUGUCGACGGUUUUGGAGACGAUUGUCUCCACCGUGCGUCGCCACUGCUCUCUCUUCCACCCCCUCCUCCUCGCGGCGGCCACGCGAGCUGCUGGAGAAGCCAACGUGCAGGACCCUCUGUUCUACGCCAUGGCCGUCGCGCGGCUCUCGUCGCUGGGGCUGAACAAUCGCGCCGCUCUGACGCCUUCGUCCGGGAGUCUGCGCAGCUCCGAGGCCGAGGCGUCGCUUCCCGCUCCUGCUGUAGUCGACUUCUUCGACGGUCUCGCGGCUGCGUCGUACCCGCUGACUGGCGCAGAAGCUGGGCUUCUCCGUCUUGUCUGGGCGUCGCUCGACGGCAUUGCUACCCACCCGUCGCUCGCAGCUCGCCUCCUGUCUGCGCUUCGCCGCCUCGAGGCUCUCGAGGAGCCGCUUCUUCUCCGUGUCUUUGGCAGUCAGGUGCUGUUGUGUCAGCGCCGCCUCGCGCACCUUCGCGCCUCGCUGGUCGAGUCGUCUGCCUGUGCAGACUCCGCGGCUUCUGCGCAGUCGCCGCGGUCUGAGACACUGUCGUUCGCUCUCGGCCCGGUUAUCAACAUCCUCGCGACGCCCGUCUUCACGCCCACAGCGGCCAGGCAACUUGCGCAGUCCAUUUCAGGGUCGGGAGGCAUGCGGCAGAUACAGCCGCGCCACAUGCGCCAAGGCAGUCAGGCAACCCUUACAGCAAUACCGAACGGUCCAGACCGGAGUGCUAGGAAUAACGCGCUGCCCGCGCCCACCGGCUUCUCGCCGCAGAGCCCGUCGCUUCUUGCCCAGAGCCCUGAGGACCUGCAUGCCGAGGUGAAUCGCGGGGUGGUGGCAACUGCGGGAGGCGUGUAUCUGUGGGGGAUCGAUUUCCUGUCUUCGCUCCUUGUCUGGGUUUUCCGGGCGCACCAGGAGCGAGUCGUCGACGUCAUUCUCGACUGCGGAGGGACGGGAGUGGCAAAAGCCGCUGCGCCACGGAGUGCGGCUGAUGUGGGCGGCCACGGGUCGGGGUUUGCCUCCGAGAACAGGCCUGGGGGGGCCGUCGCUCCUUUCCCGUUGCCGCCGGAGGGUGUCUCGCCGAGGGCGUUCUCGCAGGAGUGCCCGAGCGAAGCCUCGCCCUGUGAGCGGCUCACCACCGGUCUCCCACAGCCCGGGGCAACCCCCCAGUCCUUGCCGUCUAUCUCUUCGUCUCUGGCCUCACCGCAGGAAACUCCGGUUCCCAGCGUGCCUUCCGCGCGCCCUGUGCGGCUGCUUCUCCCGAUCUCCGCUGUAGCUGACGCCAUGCGAGCGUUCGCUUCUCUUCCCGCCGCAGCCGUCUCGCCUCUUACUUUCCACGGCGUGGCCGCUUGUGGAGAGCUUCUUGCCUUGGCUUCAUCUCACGCGUGUGUGUCGCCGUCCAGUUCGUUCGACGGGAGUCGGUCUCUCUGUCUGUCUGCGCUGUGUACUGGCCUGCGAAGUCUUGGUCAACUUGUGGCUCUGCCGACAGUCCAGAGCCGGAGUUUGAAAUCUACCCUGGAAGCGUCAGACGUGGCACGUGCUGACCCUCGGGGCUGUGCACACCGAGAAUCCCCACGAGGACCAGACGAGGCAGUCAUACCGCGACGCGACGCCGAUUUAGUUUGUCUUGUGCGAGCAGCCUUGGUGCCCUCAGUGAACGCGCCUGGGCGCCUGGAAGCCAAGAGGGACCGUGAACGACUGCUGUCAGUACAGUCGAAGAUCCUUGAGUCCCUCUGCGUGCCUACAUCCUUUUCGUGGAUUUCCGACCCCAGGAGCGGCGACGAUUCUCGACACUCGUUCGAGAUGCCAGCACACCAGAAGGAUACGGAGAAGAGCUUCAGUGGACAUGCUCAAACCUCGGGUGUUCAUCCACUGGAAUCAGCGGAGCGGUCGCCCGGCGACUGUGAGAACAGUGCAGAGGACUGGAGCCGCAUCGAGCAAGACGGAAUCGCACGCCUUAUCUGUGCAGGCGAUAAACUUUUGGUGAAGACAGAAGAGCUAUUCAACACGUCCAGUGGGACAAGGAUGACACUGACGCUCGCUGACGCGAUCAGUGUGGCUUUUUGGUGUUGCAUGCGACUACUCAUCUCCUCGAACGCAGAGACCCAGAGCCGUCCUCAGUCGGCAAACGGGGACGGCGAAGGGAUUGAUACGCUCUCGAAGAGGAUCCAGGGAUCCGCAGCUGCGACCGACGGGGCAGCGACAAGUAGGAGGGUGCUCACCAAAGCACUCGUCGGCCUCGGGGCGGUUGUGGACGGGGGCAAGACAGGUAGAAGGACGCAGGUGCUAAGCCCAGAUGAGAGGGAGCGCGUCUCUCUCAUGAUCCAUGGCGAGGACCGAAGACUUCUCUUGAUUGUUCACUCGUUUCUUAGGUUGGACGCGCCACAGCUGUAUGCGGCGCUGCCUCUGCAUGUCCGAAGCAUUCUGGAGGCUAUCUCGACUUCGGGGACGUGUCGGCACAGGUAA